AUGGUCUCAUGCGAAGAAUUUAGUAAUAUUAUUGGAUGUUACGGAAUAACUAAAUUUCCAAUUACUGAAAAUUAUAUAAUGAUCAUGGAUUACAAAAAAGAUAGAAGUCUUAGGAGUUAUUUAUAUGCAAAUGUUUGUUUUCUAAGAUGGAGUCAAAAAUUAAACCUUCUACACAAUGCGAUCAAAGGUCUUUCUGAAAUCCAUAAAAAAAAAAUAAUGCAUAAUGAUUUUCACAGUGGUAAUAUUAUUUUUUUUGACGAUAAAUCAUAUAUUGCUGAUUUUGGAUUAUGUAACCAUGUUGAAACCGACUCUAUUGUGUUCGGAGGUUUGCCAUACAUUGCACCUGAAGUAUUAUGUCGAGAAUCAUUUAAUGAAGCUGCAGAUAUCUAUUCUCUUGGAAUAGUUACGAAUCAGGUUGCAUCAGGUUAUCCACCGUAUUAUGAUCGUAACUACGAUACUGGCCUUGUACUUCAAAUCGUCAAUGAGGGGCUCCGCCCAAACAUUAAUGCUAAUGUCACAUCACAAGUUAGUAAAUUAAUCCAACGUUGCUGGAGUCAAAAUCCUAACGAUCGGCCAACUGCCAUUGAAUUGCUUGAUAAGCUUUGUAGUUAUAGGCAAAAAGACAAUAAAUUAUGGAAGGAAAUUGAACAAAUCGAAAAUAAUAUAAAUUUUAAUAUAUCUCUACGAGAGGCUUCCCUCAAAUACGAAACACCUAAACAAGUAUUCUACACCAGUAAACAUUAUUACGUUCCAGAAAUAGAUAAUGAAACUUCGUCAUCGAGUCGACAAAAUAGUAUCCAAAAUGCCAAAGUCGACCAUAAUAGCUCAAAUUCAAUUCCAGCCAAUAAUUCUGAAUCAACAGAAGGUUUAUUUUUCUCAGAACUCACUAUUGAUCCAAUAUUAUCACCAGCAAAAAUUAGCACAGAUAUUGAUAAAAAUUGGUACAAGACUACUGUUAAAGAUUAUAAGUUGAAGGAAAUGCGUUUUGAUAAAUUUGGAAAAAUAGAUCAAAUAGGAAUUGAUGCAUAUGGAGUAAUUUACCAAACGACCUAUGCCUUAACAGAAGAAAAGGUUGUAGUGAAAGAACUGUUUAUUACAUCAGACGAUCAUGAAAGCAUUAAAAUUUUUAUUAAUGAAGAUAACGAAACGUACUACCUUGUGAUGGAAUACGCCGAAGGUGGGACAUUACAACAAUUUUUGAGAAAGCGUGUAUUUACUUAUCAAGAAAGGAUACAAUUGGCUUUACAAAUAGUAGAAGGAAUGACUUAUUUGCAUAGUAUAAACAUUAUCCAUCAGGAUUUGGUAAGCUUGCUUACCGAUUACUGA